AUGCUUAUAUUAACUUGGCGGAUGUUCUUUCCUAUGAUAUCUGGCUACUAUAUAUCACAGCUUUUCAGUUGUGGUGUAAGUGAAAGGCUCAUUUGUUUCUGCGUCAAAUUCAAAGGAUUAUUCGUUGCACUGACUCAUCCAGUCGCCAUGAAAGCUUCCCCGACAGUAAUUACACGUUACAGUUUGCGUCUCGUGGCUUUGUUUGUGAUGUGCUGUGCCAUUUUGGUUCACCUCUCUGCCACUAAUGAAAUUCGGUCCGAGCAAAGUCAAAGAGAACAAAUUGUUGACCGAGUGUUUGAUGAUGGUGAAAAACGUACCUUGUUGCAUCGUCAGCGAAAAUCAGCUAAAAAUAAUGUGAUGGUCAGUCUGUCGGAGGUACAAAAAAGGCUGAGAGCCAUAGAAGAAAGGUAAGCUCUUCGUUUGCCGGUUUUUCUUUUCAAUUUAUGAGAUCGGUGAUACUUUUUGACUGGAACACUAGUUUUUACGCAACUGAGAUUCUUUGCGAAAUUACCGCGCAGUCUUAUCAACUAUAACUGCUGAUAUUCGGAAAAAUUCUCACCUUCGUAAAGUUUUCGAGAAAAUAUACUGAGGUCAUUGUAAAUUCAAUAAAGGCUUGAGUUGCCCUAGGAUGACACCGAACGGAUUUAAAUUUACUAGCACCGCUUAGAAUGAAAUGUCAAGAGAUGUAAAAGUAAUCUGUACGUAUUUAUAGUCUAAAAAGCGUUUUCAAUGUAUUUUUGGGAGAAACCCGUUGUUUGGUGCCCUGAACUAUCACGCCGGCCACCAGCAGCUAUUAAUUCUCGCAUAUAUAUUAUAGUUAGUGGAAAAAAGUUGUAUAUUUGCAAGAGAGCGUCUAAAACACAAGGCGUAUGAUCUAUGGAGACAUCGAAACUUGGCAGAAAGAGCAACUUUCAUAAACAGUCUAAACUGAGUAAAAUGAAAGAGCCAUAAAGAAAAAUAUUAUCACCGAAUGGAUCCAUAAGGGCUGAUGAAGAAGACGUAUACCAGGCAAAACACAAAGAAUCGAAAAAAAGUAAUAGCCCAAAAAAGAGGCCUUUUUGAAAAGGAAGCUUUUUUCAAUAAUCGAUCUCUCCGUAUCUUUAGUCCAUUGAAUACAGUGAAAUUUUCUAGCAGGGGUUUUAGCUAAAAUCUAAAAGCUGAGAUGGCAUUAACUUCAAAGGACCGCAGGCGAAUAUUUCGCAGGACGUAGGAUCUAAAGGAAAUCUGAUAAGCAAAAAUAUACCAAGAGAACAUAAAUCUGCAAAGCUGAUCGUGUUAAGUUGAUAUAAACUUUGGUAGACAUUAACACGACACCGAUAAAAACCUAAACAGGGCAGGCUUGUAGCUAAUAAUUAACCACCACGAACACUUCCUGUUAGUCUUUCACCAGUCGCGCAUUAAUUCAUAGUAAGUAUAGCAAAUUAAGUCAACCAAUCAAAAAACCCGCGAUUAUUUAUUUAGUUUCCGGCGGUGAUUAGUUUAUCCCUCCCUCCCUCCUUCUAUCCAUUCCUUUCUUCCUUCUUUCCUUCCUUCCUGUAUUCAUUCAUUCAUUCGUGCAUCCAUCCAUCCAUCCAUCCAUCCAUCCAUCGUAUCCAUUCAUUCAUUCAUUCAUUCACUCAUUCAUUCAUUCACUCAUUCAUUCAUUCAUUCAUUCAUUCAUUCAUUCAUUCAUUCAUUCAUUCAUUCAUUCAUUCAUUCACUCGUUCGUUCGUUCGUUUGUUCGUUCAUUCGUUCGUUCGUUCGUUCGUCCGUCCAUUCCUAAUCCUUUACCAUUUCCUUCUUUUUCCUUCAUUUUCAUCUCUCCGUAGGUUUAUUUUUUCUCGUUAUCCGUUGUAACGUUCGUUUCAUUAUAGGUUCAUCGUCGAAUCUCAAUUGCAAUGACAUUUGUUUUGCUUUAUUCCUGACCAAUCCAAAGCUAAGUAUAAGAAUUAAGUUACGAAUUAAGGAUGACUGCUAGUCUGUAACAGUUGGGAUUUUAUACCUGAUAGCGAUGCGUGUCAGAGGUAAUGUAAAUAUAAUUAUUAUUUAACGCUUGUGUUCGAACAGUGGCUUAUUUUGAGUUUUUUUUUCUUGACAGACACAAUAAAAGUGCAAGCUUGAUGGAAAAGCGACUUCAAGAGAUGUAA